GGCAGAGGUAGGAACAGCUGUUUCCCACCCAGCCCCGUUCUUGGCUGGGAAAAGGGGUGACCGCUGCAGAUGAUUGGAUUAAAAGAAUAGGAUCGAAAGGAUCGAGUGGAUCGAAAGAAGCGACUCGAUAAAAGUCGGGGAGAGAAGGAAAAGUGUGGCAUCAAAAGCUAUCAGAAAACAAAGUAUUCAGAACAAAGAAAUUGUCUCUUCAGUACUGGCAUUUCUGAUCAUUCUUCCUGUGAAGCAAUGAACACGUUGCAAUGUUAAAUUAACGCAGAACAUCAAACCUUCAGUUCUUUGGUGUCACAGAAGUUUCAUUAAGGGGAAACCAUGGAGCAAGAGAGAAUCGGAGGCCAUCAGCUGGGACUCUGUGUGCUUUGUGGUUUACCAGCAGCCGGUAAAACUAGAACAGCACAAGCGCUGAGUUCCUUCUUGAGAAAAGGCAAAGGAUGGUCCUGCAUUCUUCUCAGUUAUGAUGAUCUGAUUCCUUUGGAAGCAUUUAGUGAAACAAAGAUUUCUCAUUGGAGAUCAUACCGGCAUGAAUUAUUAUUGUACCUGGAACGCUUCCUUCAGGCUCUUAUUAAAGGAUGCCAUUUCUUUCCUCCUUCAAACAGAACUGAAACAAUGUGGAAAAGUUUUGUCUCCUGUUUGAUGGAACAAGGAUUAAUAUCUGCAGGAACGGAAGACUCUGCAUCUUGUCAAUAUUUAAUAGAUUUCAUUCCACCCAGGCCAAUAUAUUUUAUUUUAGACGACAACUUUUAUUAUCACAGCAUGAGAUAUGAAGUGUACCAGUUAGCUCGCCAGUAUUUGUUGGGCUUCUGUCAAUUGUUUCUAGACAGCAACGUUGAAGUUUGUUUACAGAGGAAUUCUCAGAGAAAGAGGCCAUUACCUGAGGAAACAAUAUUUGCAAUGGCACAAAAGCUGGAAUGUCCAAAUCCCCAAAAAUACACGUGGGAGCAAAAUAGCCUUAUUCUGAAAAGUGCUGAAUGUUCAUUAGAAGAUAAUCUACAGGUGUUUAAUUUGUUAUCUUCUGCUUUGGAAAAUCCAGUAAAACCCAUGGAAGAGCAUACAGAAGAAAAGGAGAUGCAUCGGGCUAUAUGUGCAAGCAAUGUUCUACAUCAAGCUGACCAAGUCCUCAGGCGAACAAUCUCUGAAACAAUGCGGAAGGCCAAAGCCAAAAGCCUUACUCCAAGUGAGAUGAAGAUUUUGUCAGAGGAGCUCAACAAGCAGAAAGUAAAAUUCUUAGAAAAGUUAAAACAAAAGACUAAUAAAAAUCAGUUUUAUGUAGAAGAUAGUACAUUCAAUAUAACUUCCGUAUUUUCCCAAGAGACAGAUGAUAUUGUUAAAAAGUAUUUCAAUAAACAGUAGCAUUUUAUUUUGCUUCAUGAAGCGGUAUCAGUGGUGUUGGUGCAAAUUUAACAAGAAUAAAGCUAGCUGUAAUAGAUAAAGCUUCCCUGUGUAAUUUUAUUAGUUAAAUUUAGUUCCGAAUGGUAGAAUGUAUUAUUCAAUCUUAAGAAUGUUAUUUCCUGCUUGAAGAUGUUUAAUUGACACUAUUUUUUUCUGCCAGCUUUCUGUUUUAGUUGCCUAUAAUUAUGGCUCUUGUCAUCUCCUUCUAAGCUGCUCAUAAAAGCCAGGCAAGCAGGCUGAAAGAUCCCCAUGCCUUGCUAAAUAAAAACAAUAAAAGUGUUAGGAUAACUUUUAACAGGUGUCUACACCAAUUUGUUCACAAUGCGUAAUGGAUUUCGACUGAUCAGAAAAAAACAAGAUUAUUAGACACGCUUAAUACCUGCAGGUAAGUUCACUAAGAAAUCCCAGGGAUACAGGUUGUUACCAGGAAUUUUAAAAAGCUGAACAAGGCAAUGAUCAACCACUUCUAUAUUAUCACCAGGAAACCAAAAUGUUACCAAAUGAGCUUAAUGUGAAUAAAUGUACCUCAUUAGCAUCUUAAUCAAAAUGUUUAUAAAGUUUUUAAAAUACAAAAUUCAUAAGCGCAGUAAGGCAGAACACCCCCGAAUUGUUCAUGAGUGAAGUGCUAGAAUGGAACAGGAGUACCAAUGAUCGUGUCAUUUGCUUCCUUGAUAUAACUGGCACCAAGUUGCUACUGGUAUUUUCCUGUUAAACCUGCCCUCCUUACUACCUAGCAAAACACAAUGAAUAAACUGGUUAUCGGUUAGUAGACUACAGUAAUCUGUCUGACAAAUUGUAUACUGCCUUUACCCAUUAUUGCAAGCGAGCAUUGACAAUUAUAUAGCUCAAAGAUGUUACGUGAGAUGUGGAGUGUGGAUAUCCAACAGUCCAAAUUAUUUGAAGUCAUUAUUGUAGGAAGAGUCAAUUGGUUAUACAAAUAGGCUUCUUUCUUUGGAAUAGAAAGAGAAUUUUUUUUUUAGAAACAGGCGAAAUAUAAUUGUGAGAAAAAAAUACUUUUGGGAUUGAAAGAGCUUCCAGCAGGGAAUUUGCUAAGGUUCUGUAUCUGCACAGUUGAAAAACCUGGAUAGCAUAUUUUUUUUAAAGUGAUAUUCUCUUGUUGAAAAACUCAGACUAUAACAGAAUAGAACAAGGCUAUGUGCUUCCUGUCCAAUAGUAUAACUGGGUUAAUUAAAAAAGGCACGGCAUUUUGGCUCCUGUUACAAAAGCAUAAACAUACUGACAGUUCCAUCCAAGCUGAGUGCUUUGAUGUCUCAUGCAAAUAUGGCUUUUGUCAUUGAAAGAGUGGAGUUUAAAUUUACUGAUUUCUCACUACUUUUUGUCAGUUGUAUCCCACUCAGCUUUAAAUUAAAUCUGUAUUUAAUUUCAUGGUUUUUCUUUUGGUCCUAGCAAUAGCAUUUAGACUUCUACAGUAUACCAUCCCAUAGCGCUUUAUAGCACACUCUGGCAGUUUACAUUGUUUUGCAUAUUGUCUCCAACAACAUGCAAAGCUGAGUCCACCUUCAAGCCUAUCAGAAUCAAACUUCAGGCUGUGGGCAGUUUGCCUGCAAUACUGUAUUCUAACCACUGUGCCACCAGAGUUCUUAUCCUACUUUCAGUCUUUGUGUUACAGGUAGUUCACUAUCAAUAGUACUGCAAAAGGCAUCAGGGAAAUUCUAAGUGGAAGUGUCCCUUGGGCAGCACUGCCACCUUAAUGCCAAAAUUUAAAGUUAUUUGAAUUUUUUAAAAAAUGGUAACAGAAUAUUAAAAAUAUUAGCAUUUAUUGAGCUUCUGCUAGAAUUUUAUUGAUUCUGAGCCCAAAUCUUUAAAUUUCUACAUUUCCUAAGGACCUAUUAAUGAAGUUAUUUCAUGUUUGGAAGUUGUACAGAUAAUCAACAGAUCACUAGAACUAGUACCUCAGACUUGCGCUGUCUACUCAGUGGAGUCCAGCGUAACCUAGUCAGUAAUUUUGGUCUUUGUAUGGCCAGACUGGUCCAAGUAGAAAUCUUUGGAAGCUGCAAAACUAUGAAGUGGUAUAGGGAUACAAAAUAUCUGCAGAUCAGCGUUCCCUAAAGAGAUCACUGAUAAAGACUACCUAUGCAGAUACCCACAUGCACGUUUAAACCUAAUUGAAAUGGUAGAAUAUACCAUUUGUAUUUUUAAUUUAGAGGUAAACCAGACCACUAUCGCUUUCAAAUGCAAGUUCUGUAGAAAUCUUCGGUCCCUAUACCAGCACUACAUAUUCUGAAACUUCCUCCACCAAAAAAUGUUAAUUAAAUAAAAAAGAAUCCAAUGGGAGUACUAAAAAUUGUUAAAAUAAAAUAAAGGCAGGAGGCACUACUGCAAACACACUCCAGCUGCAUCGGCUGCAGCUCCUUUGAAACUUCCUAGAUUUCUGCAUGGACCAACGUGGCUAUAUAAAGACCAAAAUCAUUAACUAAGUGACAUCUGAACAUGCACAUCACUGGAAACUGGGAAGAUGAAAAUCUGCUAGAAAGGAAUGUCAGGUAAGUAGAUAAUUAUGUGCUGCCUAAAAAAAGCCCUGCAAAUAUCUAACAUUUUACUCAAUUGGUAAGCUAUUGAAUAUUACUUCUCAUAAAAACAUUUUGCAGCACUUUUGCAAAUUAAAAUAUCAAUCACUCAAAUCUUUAUUAUCAUCAUAGACCAGCAAUGCAAAAAUAAAAGACUUGAAAUAUACUUCUCCAUUCUGAAGAACUACAUGAAUCCACUGAUUUGCUUCAGGCGUAUGGGGUCAUCAACAGCUAUCUUGCCCAAAUCGUAACUACUUACCAGAUUCUUAUACCUUUUGUGGUUUUCUGUAGGUGGACAACAUCUAACCCCAACUUCCAUCAGCAGAUAUGUCCAGCAGUGAAGUGAAAUUUCAUUUUGUGACAUCCUUUUGCAAGGGAUUUUAAACACUAUCCCUGACGCUACCAGCGCUAACCAGUGAGACUUCAAAUUUAAAAAAAAAAAAUCAGGAAAUUCUAAAAAUACUCUGGCCAGAGAUGGUAUGUAAGAGUGUCUCUAAGUAAAUGGCAUCUUUUUUCCUUACCACUCUUUCUUCCAAAGCCUUUCCUCAAAGGUCUGGAAAGGUCCGUUUUUUUUUCAGAGGGAUCAAACAUUCUGAAGAUGAAGCUUAUAAUCAGAUAUUCCCAAACAUGAAAAGAAGCAGGGUUUUUAAACAGUUCAAUAAAUGCACUCUAUCAUGUUUGAAAUGGGUUUGUAUGUGCAUAUUUACUGGUUAUGCAAGGGAUAGCAAUAUAAAGUAUAUUUUUGUUUCCUGUGAAAUAAAAAAAUAUACAAUAAAAGUGCAUUUCAGUGUUCUUCUGUAUGCUAUUAAAGAAUUAUGUGCUAUAAACUAAUAUUCUGCAGUCUCUGCUAGCAUAAUUUGUUUAAAGUGCCUAUUUUCUCCUAAGUAUUUUAAGACAGAAGUAUCAUACAUUUUAUAUCCACUGCAGUUCAUUAAUGUGAUUCUGCAUAUUUGCAUCUUGCCUUACCAUCUUCAGAAUCUUUAAAGAAAAUCAAAAGUCUAAACUAUUCUUUGUCCCUUGUUGCCUCUGUGACUAGAAUGCUGUUUUCAAAAAAAGAAAUGAUUCAUAGUUAAAAUGACCACACAAAAUCUGAAUGGGUCAUUGAAAUCAUGUAACUUUCUUGCUGUUUCAUUUCCAUUAAAAGUCAUUACUGCUUAGAAGGCAAAGGCAAAAUAGCAUAGACAUCUGCACUUAAAGGCAAUGAAAAUAUUUGUAAUGUGCUGCAAAGCUAGUCAAAAAGAUUAUGGUACAUUCUUUUAACACAUUAUCCAUUUUGUUCUAAAGUUUUCUUUUUCCACAGUUUCGAAAAGUUGCAAAAGUUUUAACACCAGGCAUUUGUUUGGUUGUAUUCUGCGCCCCCCCCUCCAAAAACAGGAUAGUAGUACUGGAAAGUGGGUAUUUUUGUAACUCUUAUUUCACGUUAUUACUGCCGCAAUAUACUAAAAAGGAACAUCAUUAAACACCUGACUGCAAUUACAGAUUUUGGGCGUAGGGAAUUCUAGAUUUUCUUGUAGGCAUUAUGCUUGCUGAUAAUGUUUUACAGAAUUUUCUAGCAGUUUAGCAGAUGGCCCAUACCCCCAAACUGAUUGUAUUAGGCUAUUUUGAGAAAAGCAGAAUUAUAGGCUCUUUUGUGGCACAGGCUAAGGAAUUGUAGCUGUGCUAGAUUUCAAGAUGAAAUCUAGAUGCCAAGAUUUUGUUUUUAUAUAAAGUAAAGUAGAAGAUACAAUUGCACUGUAAGCCUCACUUUUGCUUGAGGAGCCGUAUAAAGAAUACCACCAU